CAGCCUCCGGGCCGCGCCAGGCGCACCCCCCGCGGCAGCGCAGCGGCCGGCAGUGCCCGCCCAGCUGCAGCCUGCGCCUGUCGCCCACCGCCUGCUGCGGCUCGGCGACGCCGUCGACGGUCGUGCCUGGCACGCCGUGCCGUUUCUCGCCGACCUCGCUCGUGGGGCAGCCGCCCCUGGAGACCGACCGUGGGGCGGCCUUCUUCGCAGAGCAGUGCAGCUCGGCGCGGGCGAGGCCCGACGCCACGCCCUCGAGCUCGAGCUCCUCCCGCGAGGCGGAGGCCACCCGGAGGCCAUGCCGGGCCACCCGCGGCUGGAAGAAGGGCAGCCAGAUCGGCCACGGCUCUUACGGCAGCGUGCACCUGGCCCGGGACAUGCAG